UGGAAGCUGCUUGGGAACCUGAAGACCACCGUGGAAGGCUUGGUGUCCACCAGCAACCCGAAUGUCUGGUCCAAGUAUGGCGGCUUGGAGCGGCUCUGCAGGGACAUGCACAGCAUCCUCUACCACGGGCUCAUCCAUGACAAGGUGUGCUGCAGGCAGAAGGAUUACUGGCAGUUUGUGAAGGACAUUCGCUGGCUGAGCCCCAGCUCUGCUCAUCACCUGGAGAAGUUCAUCAGCCUGCAGGAGAGCGGCCAGCCCGACCCGGAGGCCCCUGGGGACCAGGCCAUUGCGCAGCUGUGGCUGCAGCACAGCCUGCAGUGCCACUGCCUGUCGGCACAGCUGAGACCGCUCCUGGGGAACCGACAGUACAUCCGGAAAUUCUACGCAGACACUGCCUUCCUGCUCAGUGACGCCCACGUCACGGCCAUGCUGCAGUGCCUGGAGGCUGUUGAACAGAACAACCCCAGGCUUCUGGCUCAGAUCGACACCUCCAUGCUGGCCGGCACGUCACUGCCAUCCCUGUGCACAUUGGGUCCUUCUGCUGGGACAAGAGAGAUGUGUGACCAUGACGCUGAAGGACACCAGAGCCGUCUGCCUGGGGCACUGGGCUGCCUGGAUCAUUUCUCUGAAGGCCUGCUUACCAGGAAGAGUGACGAUCCGACUCCGGUGACCAAGAGUCAGAGCCUGACUGCCCUCCCUGCGUCCCCGUACGUCCCCGCUGCAGGUUGCGCGCAGCAGCGCUGCUUUGGGUCCUUCUCCAGCCUCCACCAUCCAGCCUCCUCUGGCCUCUCAGACAGGAGAACAGCCAGCUCCUCUGUCAGCUCCAGCUCCAGCCAGCCCCAGGAGCGCUGCUCAUCCAGCCGAUCCUCCUCCUUCAGUGAGGGCAGGUCCCCUCUGGAGCAGCCCGGCUCUGUCACCCGCUUCCACCUCCCCUCGCCCAAAGACCCUUUCUCUCCAGCCAGUGAGAUGAGCUCUAGCACCACCAGCCAGAACGAGGACACUUGGACGGGGAGUCAGGAUGAUCCUCAGAGCGAUGCUAAUGAUGGGCCUGAGUACCUGGCCAUCGGAAAUUUGGGGCGCCGAGGCCGGGCGUGCAGCAGCGCCAGCACCAGCAGCACCAAGAGCAGCAGCUCCAAACUCUUCUCCUCCAGCAGCUCCCAGAAGCUGGACUCUGUCUCAUCCCAGGGGGAGCAGGGGGCAAGCAUGGGUGCAAGCAGGGGCCUGAGCCUGUUGCGCCGGUCCAGCUUCUCAGAGGGACAGUCGUCAGCUCCACAGGGCAUCCUCAAGAAGAGCCACGUGCGGUCACACUCAGACACCAAUGUGAAUUCGGGAAAGUUUCACGAGUCCCAUGGUGAUUCGGGUGGAGGGAGAGGGCCUGUCUCUGCUUCCACCCAGAGCAGUGAACUGAGCACCCCCAGCUCCCUCUACAUGGAGUAUGACUCUGGGCAGUACCUGAGCUCAGGAGAGGGGAUGUUCAGAAGACCCUCAGAAGGGCAGUCCCUCAUCAGCUACCUCUCCGAGCAGGACUUCGGCAGUUGUGCAGAUCUGGAGAAGGAGAAUGCCCACUUCAGCAUCUCUGAGUCCCUGAUCGCUGCCAUUGAGCUGAUGAAAUGCAACAUGAUGAGCCGGCAGCUGGAGGAGGAGGAAGAGGAAGACAGCGACAAGGAGAUCCAGGAGCUUAAACAAAAGAUUCGCAUUCGGCGCCAGCAGAUCCGUACCCGGCAGCUGUUCCCUGCCUGCCAGGAGAUGGGCUCAGACAGUCUCAUGGCGACAGACAGCGGGUCCCAGUUCAGCUCGCACGGCUCCAUGCGUCUCUCUGACUCCGGCUCCGCGGAGGAUGUGGAAGAGUACGAGAUCCGAGAUGGUAACGAUGGAUCUAACCUGAUUCAAAUGUCCAAGAACGGCCUCUCAGUGUCAAUGGCUUCCUUGUUCUCAGAUGCUGACAUCAAGAGGAACCCAGACUGCAGCAGGAAGUCCUUCCUCUCCUCAGAGUCCAUAUCACACUCCUUCCUCAAUUCCAACUCAGCGGAGGCCGUGGCCAUGGGCUUGCUGAAGCAGUUUGAGGGCAUGCAGCUCCCGGCUGCCUCUGAAUUGGAGUGGCUGGUCCCUGAGCACGAUGCACCACAGAAGCUCCUGCCCAUCCCUGACUCUCUCCCCAUCUCUCCCGACGAUGGAGAACAUGCCGACAUUUACAAGCUGAGGAUUCGAGUGCGCGGAAACCUGGAGUGGGCCCCACCGCGACCACAGAUCAUCUUCAACGUUCACCCAGCCCCAACGAGGAAGGUGGCUGUGGCCAAGCAGAAUUACCGGUGUGCAGGCUGUGGCAUCCGGACUGAUCCUGAUUACAUCAAGCGGCUGCGGUACUGCGAGUACCUGGGGAAGUAUUUCUGCCAGUGCUGCCACGAGAACGCCCAGGUGGUCAUCCCCAGCCGCAUCCUGCGCAAGUGGGACUUCAGCAAGUACUACGUGAGCAACUUCUCCAAAGACCUGCUGAGCAAGAUCUGGAGUGACCCCCUCUUCAACGUGCAGGAUGUCAAUCCUGCCCUGUACCGGAAAGUGAAGUCUCUCAACCAAGUAUGGCUGCUGCGAAUCCAGCUUUUCCACAUGAAGAACAUGUUCAAGACGUGCCGACUAGCUAAAGACCUCCUGGACUCCUUUGAUGCGGUGCCUGGCCACUUGACAGAGGAUUUGCACCUCUACUCGCUGAGCGACCUCAGUGCCAUAAAAAAAGGGGACCUGGUGCCUCGCCUGACAGAGCUCCUGAAGGCCGGCAGCCUGCACGUUGGGAAGUGCAUGCUGUGCCAAGCCAAAGGCUUCAUCUGCGAGUUCUGCCAGAAUGAGGGUGACAUCAUUUUCCCCUUUGAGCUCAACAAAUGCAAGAUGUGCGAAGAGUGCAAAGCCUGCUACCACAAAUCCUGCUUCAAGUCUGCCCGCUGUCCCCGCUGCGAGCGGUUCCAAGCCCGGAGGGAGCUGCUUGCCAAGCAGAGCAUGGAGUCCUACGUCUCAGACUACGAAGACGAGCUGGAGCAGCCGGAGGUGGUGGCAGCCACAUGA